CUCUGUCCUGGAGGAAGGUGGUGCUAUUGUGGACAAGCUGCUUCUGCCACGCGCUUGGCGCUCCUGCAGAUGAGCGUGCGUUCUCCAGGCUGUCCUCAUGGAUCAACGCUGAGAGGCGGCCGAGCCCCUUGGUGACCUCUUUCGCUUUUACUAUGUCUGCAGAGGCAGCGGCGAUGCUCUGUCGGAGGAUCUGAAGACUGGUGCGCGGAUGCGUUUUUAAGUGCGCUGCAGCCUGCAGAGAAGAAACACGAUCCGGCUGACUGGAUGCAAACCACCCAGGAUGUUUUAACUGCACUGCCUGUUAACUUUUUGUGUUUUCAUUUUUUUUUUUUUUUUUUUUUUUUUUUUUUUUGUUUGUGUUUGUUUUUGACUUCAUUUGGAUGUCUUUUUGUGGGAGUUUUCGUAUUGCUCUGCAGGGAGCGGGCAUGGUUUUGCGUACUGGAAGUUUAACCCUGCUCUCCUGAACUCCCCAUCUUUUGAGUGUUUUUUUUUUCCUUUUCUUUUUAACCACAAGUUUAUAACCUAGUCUGCAGGAGGAUUGAGGCACGCAAGAGCAAAUGGCCAACGAGCGCAAACCGCGGCUCUGCGUCAUGGCAAAGGGGGACAGCGGGUACGGGUUCCACUUGCACGGCGAGAAGGGGAAGAACGGCCAGUAUAUCCGCAAAGUGGAGCCGGGGUCCCCGGCGGAAGCGUCGGGAAUGCGCGCCGGGGACAGGGUGGUCGCGGUGAACGGAGUCAACGUGGAGAGAGAGACGCACCACCAGGUGGUACAGCGGAUCAAGGCAGUAGAAAAUGAGACCAGGUUACUGGUCGUUGAUCAGGAGACAUACGAAAGCCUCCGCAGCCUGCAUCUGACGGCCACAGAGGAGAUGGCUGUUCUUGGGUCAGAGGCUCUCCCCGCUGCUUCCUCCCCUCCAGCAUCCACCUCUCCGACACCCACCUCCACUCCUUCCUCCCCCAUCAAGAAGCGUCAGAACGGCUCUGUGUCCAAGCAGGGCAGCCAGGUGCAGAAGCCCACCAGGAGGUCACCUUCGAAGGCUGCGAAGAAGGAGGCCUCAACAGAAGUGGAGAUUCAGUCUCAGCCUCAGGACCAGUCCCCCCACCAGGUCGACCCGUCUGAGCUCGCUCCACGUCUGUGUCACCUGACUCGGUCAGCGGGGGGCUAUGGCUUCAACCUGCACAGUGACCGGUCACGCCCCGGUCAGUACAUCCGCUCCCUGGACCCGGGAUCGCCCGCCGAGCGUGCCGGACUGCGACCGCAAGACAGACUAGUUGAGGUGAACGGCAUGAACAUCGAGGGCAUGAGGCAUACAGAGGUAGUGGCCUUCAUAAAGAAAGGGGGAGAGGAGACCUGGCUGCUGGUGGUGGAUCCAGAAACGGACGAAGACUUCAAGAGAAGAGAAGUGAUCCCCACGAUCAGCCACGUCAAAGAUUAUGAUGGUCCUUCCAUAUCCAAUGGAUCGCCCAGCCCUCAGGUCAACGGCAGCUCCACCACGCAGUCCUUCAGGUCGACGCGCUCAGACCUCAGCAGCCAGGGGAACAGCACGCAGCUGGCAGACGACGACGGCAGCCAGCUCAUGGACCCUUUCGCUGAGAUCGGUCUGAGACUCGCUGCCACAGCGGCAGAGGAAAAGAUGAAACUCCAUGCCAAGGAGAAGAAGAAAGCACCACAGAUGGACUGGAUGAAGAAAUACGAGCUGUUCAGUAAUUUCUAAGAGUAGUUUCUUGCCUUGCGAGACUUUGUGAAAGGCAUUUCUUAAAAAUCAAACUUCUCUGAAAAAGACGUUUUUCCUAUAGGCAGAUGAGAAUAAUCCCGACACGUGAGGGACACAUUUUUCUCUUUUCUCAACACUUUUUCUCUCCAUCAACUAUUUGAUUCACCCUCCUCCUCUGAGAGACUCGAAAUAGCAGCUAUUUUUAUAUUUAAAAUUCAUAAACAAGAAUUAAUAAGCAGCAUCCUGUUAUGGAAAACCUUCUAAAGAGGUUACUGGACACUGUGACAUGAACGAUGGUGGACUUCGUGGGAGUUUAUAUUUUUUCGAAUCAGCCUGAGGACGCCUGAAGCAGGCAGGAGAAUCACUGUGAAAGACUCUGCACCUCCAUCCCAUGCAGACAGAACGCUGUGUAUUCUGUCUUACAUGUAUUUUUACAUCAAGUAUAUCAUCAUUACUCAUCAUUGUCGUUAACGUACGCCCGUUUGUGAAACAUAAAAUAAUUCAAAGAACUUCUUCCUGCUCUAAUCACCGAUAUCUCCUUAUCUGAAGACAAAGGGAGUGACCACUAUGGGAAGAACAGGAAGGCGCUCGAGGUUCAUAGAAGGGAUGUGUUUUAAUGUUUAACACAAAGCAAACACUGUUCUGAAUUACACACCUUUCUGAGUCACAUUUAGAUAAUUCAUCUCUUUAAUUUCAGAGAAACAUUUAGCAGAAGCUGGCGAGAGAAUGGCAUAAUCAGAAAAAUGGUUUAAUGUGAAGGCUGUUUUAUGAGUUCAAACAUAUUUUGUUUGAAUUUUUGUUUGUUUAUCAAAGAACUUGUGGAGGCAACAUUUAACUGCUGGCCAAGUAGCAUUCUACUAAUAAUUCAGUAUUAAGUAUUAUUUUUUUCUUUUAUAUCAGUAGAUUUAUGAAGCAGAUAUGAUUGUGAAGGCUACACCUUUUUAUUCAUUACUAGACUAUCUGGAAAGUUUUAGAUUGUAAUAGUACAUUAGGAGUGUUUUUACAACAUGUGGGAAAAGCCUUAAAAUAAAUUUGAAAUUUAACGAGUUUUAUGAAGUUUAAUUUCCAGUGGAUGAGUUUCUGUUUCAUUGCUAUGUGUAAAUAUGUCAUAACACAGUUACUCAUUUCUGGGCUGGAGGGGAAGCCAUAAUUAUCACGCCUUUAUUCCCUGUGAUGGCUAAAAUGCAGCAAAGACCUUUGGGUAACCAGGUCUGCCUAACAAUCAUUAGACUCCUAUCUACUUAUUUUAAAUGCCUGGAUAUUCAAAAACAAAAACAUUGUUGGCCUCACUAAGGGGACAAUGGGUCACCUUAGGCUUUUUCAGCAAGGCAAUGUUCUCAUUUCUGAGUUGACAUUGUCAACCCAGAAAUGGUUUACUAGACACAAAGUCAACCCUUUCUUUGCUAAUUCAGUUUACAGACAAAACAAACUGAACUGUGCAUCUUUCAAACUUUGUGAAAUGUUGCAGCAAAAGAGCAAUAUAAUAAUAUUUGGGAUUUUCAGAAUAUUUCAGUGAGAUUUUGCUUUUACAAUUGAGUGGAAUUCAUUUUAAGGCUUUUCACACCUGUUUACAAAAAUUUUAAUGUGAUGCGACGCUUAGUAGCAAUAACAAAACUGUCAUGAAUAGUGAGGGAUCAAUCCGACUUUUACUAGUCGAGACAGAUUUCUGGCUUUCUUUGAUUUUUCACUUGCUAAUUCUUUACAAGAAUUACAAAAUUGGCCCUGUAGGUGAAUCAAAACCUUUACUUCAUGUAAUCUUUACUAAACCCAAAGAUACUGUGUGAUGUCGUUUAGGACUAAAAAGGUGCACACCUUCAGAUUUGAUGUUUAUUUAAUAGAAAAAAAGUGAAUAUUUCAAUAUGAAGCCGGUCAAUCAGAGCGAAUUGAAUAAUUUCUAUCAGUAGCUGAUUGACUAGAGCAUAGCAGGUCUUAUAAACAAACUUACUCUUAUCACGUAAGUCUUCAAUCUAAUUAGCCUUUAUCGUAGGGUCAAACAUUUCAUUUCUGUAAAUGAAUAAAGUCUUUGGACAGAGGUUAAAGUUGAACGGAAACCGACUCUCUUCUAGUAUCAGCUCAGAUACAACAUGGCAGCGUGUUGGUCAGGGAGAGCUGGAGAAGCUCACAAGGUCGGAGGUGUUUCAGGAAAGACACAGGGAGCCACAGACAUUACAGAGGAUUACUAUGCAUAUAGGAUCAGCUGUCAUACACAUGCUUGUAUGUGGAAAAGGUAAACAUGCAAUGCAUUAGGGUAAUUAGCGUUAGCUCUAUACUCUGACAGUCUGGAAAGCAAUCUGUGUUACAGAUGUACAUAAGUGUCAAGUCUCAUUUUUUGCAAUAAAGUGAAACAAAGGCUUC